AUGAUUGCUUUGCAUGCGAAAGCUCGAAACUUCCAGAGCUCUCUUCAGUUAUACCUUGAGAUGCAGAGCGCGGGAUUCGAGCCCGAUAAAGUCAUGUACAAUACAGUCAUGGAGGUGCUCGGGCACUGUGACUACCUCGAUGAGGCCGAGGCUGUUUUUGCCGAGAUGAAGCAGAAGAAUUGGUUUCCGGACGAGCCCGUUUACGGGCUUCUCGUCGAUCUGUGGGGAAAAUUGGAGCAUGACUGGGCUGGGCCUGAGCCCGUCUCUUCAGACCUACACUCUUCUCCUCAGCUGCUGCACGGAGGCCCAAACUUCUUCGACAUGGCCUUUUGCUGGCAGCUCAUGACUGUCUCAGGCCACCCGGCCCACACGUUCCUUCUCUCCAUGCCAGCUCCCGGCCCGAUGGGAAAAACGUCUGGGUCCACGUCAGCAACUUUCUCAACAUGA